GGGGGAAGGUGGUGGGAGUGUCAGGUCAGCGCGUGCGCAGUGGGGUGGCUGGGGGGUGGGCCUGGCACGGGAAGCCGCUGGGAGUGGGAGCGCGAGGCAGGUGAGGCGCAACUCCUGGGCUGACCCCCCCUCCCCCCCCGCUGCUGCCAGAGACCCCGGCCAACGGCGCCAUGUCUGGGCCGGGGAGCAAGCGGGCGGCUGGGGAUGGGGGAUCAGGGCCUCCUGAGAAGAAAUCCAACCGGGAGGAGAAGACGACCACUACCUUGAUCGAACCCAUCCGCCUGGGGGGCAUCUCGUCCACGGAGGAGAUGGACCUGAAGGUGCUGCAGUUCAAGAACAAGAAGCUGGCAGAGCGGCUGGAGCAGCGCCAGGCCUUUGAGGACGAGCUGCGCGAGCGCAUUGAGAAGCUGGAGAAGCGCCAGGCCACAGAUGAUGCCACUCUGCUCAUUGUCAACCGUUACUGGAGCCAGCUGGAUGAAAAUGUGCAGGUCCUGCUGAGAGGCUAUGAUGGGGACUGUGAGCCCCCACCCCCUGCAGCCCCUUCUCCCCCCUCCGCAGAGGAACCCAGGCCAGAGCCAAUGGGACCGGAUCCCGAGAACACAGCCAGCCCUGGUACUGAGGGCCCAGAUAGGACAGAAACAGCCCCACCUAUUGUGGCCCCGUCUACCUCCUGGAAAGCUGGGGGGCUCCUGCUGAAUGAGCCGGCCCUGUCAUUCCUGGCCACGCUGGCCAGCAGCAGCAGUGAGGAGAUUGAGCUGCAGCUGCAGGAACGCAUGGAAUUCUCCAAGGCUGCCGUGUCCCGUGUGGUCGAAGUCUCCAACAAGAUCCACCGGCGCACGGAGGAGCUGUGCCAGAAGAUCCAUGCCCGUGCUGACUUGGACCAGCUGGAUGAGGCGUUGAAGUCCUUGAACAAAGAGCUGAUGAGAGAGAAUCAGCGGCUGCAGGACUUGGCGAUGCAGCUGCAGGAGAAACACCACAAGAUCUCGCUGGAGUACACAGAGCUGCAGGACAAGGUGACAUCGUCGGAGACCAAGGUGCUGGAGAUGGAGACGACGGUGGAGGAUCUGCAGUGGGACAUUGAGAAGCUGCGCAAGCGCGAGCAGAAGCUCAACAAACACCUAGCUGAGGCGCUGGAGCAGCUGAACUCCGGUUACUACGUGUCUGGCAGUUCCGGGGGCUUCCAGGGUGGACAGAUCACGCUCAGUAUGCAGAAGUUCGAGAUGCUGAACGCGGAGCUGGAGGAGAACCAGGAGCUGGCCAACAGCCGCAUGGCUGAGCUGGAGAAGCUGCAGCAGGAGUUACAACAGGCUGUCAGGACCAAUGAGAAGCUCAAGGUGGCGCUGCGGUCGCUGCCCGAGGAGGCGGUGAAGGAGACCCUGGACUACAAGGUGCUGCAGUCACAGUUCUCGCUGCUCUACAACGAGAGCCUGCAGGUGAAGACCCAGCUGGACGAGGCGCGCGCCCUGCUGCUCACCACCAAGAACAGCCACCUGCGCCACAUUGAGCACAUGGAGAGCGACGAGCUGAACCUGCAGAAGAAGCUGCGCACGGAGGUGAUCCAGCUGGAGGACACGCUGGCCCAGGUGCGCAAGGAAUACGAGAUGCUGCGCAUCGAGUUUGAGCAGAACCUGGCCGCCAAUGAGCAAGCGGGUCCCAUUAACCGGGAGAUGCGCCACCUGAUUAGCAGCCUCCAGAACCACAACCAUCAGCUGAAAGGAGACGUGCAGCGAUACAAGCGCAAGCUGCGUGAGGUGCAGGCUGAGAUCAACAAGAUCCGGAUGCAGUCGAGCGGCUUCCCCUGCGGCUCAGCUGUUCUGCCCCCUGCACCUGGGCCGGAGGAGCCGGUGGGCGUGGCCCCGGCCGUGGUGGUGAAGGAGGAGGAGGGGGGCGCGCCUGCCCUAGAGGUGAAGAAGGAGCCGAAGGAGGCAGUGGUGGCUGUGGUGAAGAAGGAGGAGGUAGCGCCUCUGCCCGAAGGGGGGGUGAAGAAGGAGGAGGAGGAGCCGCUCCCACCAGCUCCCCAGCCGCCGCCCCCGCCUCGCAUCAAGGAGCCGCCGGAGCGCCCCAAGGGGAGCCGCGGGGGGGACCGGGAGCGCUCGCGGGACCGCGACAGGGACGGCUCGGCACGCGAGCGCGACCGGCAGAAGAGCAGCGAUGACCCCAAGAAGAAGGACUCAGACCUGCUCAAGCAGCUGCGCAUUGAGCUCAAGAAGGCCCAGGAGAGCCAGAAGGAGAUGAAGCUGCUGCUGGACAUGUACAAAUCAGCCCCCAAGGAGCAGCGGGACAAGGUGCAGCUCAUGGCUGCCGAGAAGAAGACCAAGGCCGAGGUGGAGGAGCUGCGAGGGCGGGUGCGGGAGCUGGAGGAGAAGGAGAAGAAGGAGAGCAAGAAGAUGGCAGACGAGGAUGCUCUGCGCAAGAUCAAGCUGGCGGAGGAGCAGAUUGAGCACCUGCAGAAGAAACUGGCUGCUACCAAGCAGGAGGAGGAGGCCCUGCUGUCGGAGAUGGACGUGACGGGCCAGGCCUUCGAGGACAUGCAGGAGCAGAACAUGCGCCUCAUGCAGCAGCUGCGUGAGAAGGACGAUGCCAACUUCAAGCUCAUGUCCGAGCGGAUCAAGUCCAACCAGAUCCACAAGCUGCUGCGUGAGGAGAAGGACGAGCUGGCAGAUCAGGUGCUGGCCCUCAAGUCACAGGUGGACGCCCAGCUGCUGGUGGUGCAGAAGCUGGAGGAGAAGGAGCGGGUGCUGCAGGGGAACCUGGGCACAGUGGAGAAGGAGCUGACCCUUCGUAGCCAGGCCCUCGAGCUCAACAAGAGGAAGGCGGUGGAAGCAGCCCAGCUGGCCGAGGACCUGAAGGUGCAGCAGGAGCACGUGCAGUGCAAGCUGAAGGAGAUCCAGGCCUGCAUGGCCGAGAACCGCGCUGCCAAGGAGAAGGAGUCCUUCAACCUCAAGAGGGCCCAGGAGGACAUCUCCCGGCUGCGGCGCAAGCUGGAGAAGCAGAAGAAGGUGGAGGUGUACGCCGACGCUGACGAGAUACUGCAGGAGGAGAUCAAGGAGUACAAGGCCAAGCUGACCUGUCCCUGCUGCAACACACGCAAGAAGGACGCGGUGCUCACCAAGUGCUUCCACGUCUUCUGCUUUGACUGCGUCAAGACGCGCUACGACACCCGGCAGCGCAAGUGCCCCAAGUGCAACGCUGCCUUCGGCGCCAACGACUUCCACCGAAUCUACAUCAGCUGAGCGUCUGCAGUCUCCCUUCCCACCCCCUCCUCUAGCCCUCCGUUCCGCAGGUCCCCCCUCCAGGAUCCACACGGCGGUCCCCUCCCUCCUGCCCUCUGCAAGCUGCUCAGCAGGUGCUGCCAGGAUUCACUUGACCCAUCCCUAUGGAUCCCACCCAAGUGAUGCCUGAUCCCCUGAGGAUCUGCUCCUUGCAGCUCUCUGGAUCCUCCCCCACUCUGGGUUCUGCCGGGGUCUGCUCCCCUGGGGCUGGUCUCCUCCUGCUAACAUUUGAACCUCGGUGAGAGCCCCGUUGUGCCGAGAGGAUGCCCUUGGGGGUGAAGGGUCUCAAGGCAGCAGCUGACUGUGUGGAGGCCGGGGGGGGAUGGGAGGAUGGGGACUAUUCAUUCUAUUUGGAUUUUAUUUUAUUUUUAAAUACUAUGUUUGGUUAUGUGGGAAAUAAAAAUUGGAGAGUCCCACUGGGGCCAGAUCCUCCAGCCUGGGAGUGUCUGUAUCGGUGCUUGGGGAGGGGAACGGUGGAGGACCCCAAACACGGGGCUGUGGAUCACAUAGGAGGCUUUUACGUUACAUUUACGAAAGUUUGUCUGGCUCUAUUAUCCAUAAACCCAUGGUGUUGGUAUUAAUUACAUUGCUUUCCUUUAUUAAUGGAGUCCCCCAUCAGCUGAUCUAUUCUCUUCAGUGGGAUUGAGGUUAGGCUGACAGGCCGAUGAUUAUCCAGGUCAUCCUGUUUACCCUUUUAAAAUAUUGGCAAAACUUGUGCAUGUGGUCAGCCAGGGCACUGCCAGGCGGCAGCUCGCAGCUUUCAGACUCUGGGGGAAUGGGAAAGGGGUGUCCCCUUUUCUAACCUGUCACCCAGCACUGGAGAGUUAAGAGCUGCUGAGCUGAGAUGGAAGGGUUGUCCCAUGACCCCAGAGCCUUCAUCCACCCAGUGAAAUUUAAGGGGAAUGCUGCAUCCCAUCACCCUCUUUGCUGCCAUGAUGGCUGAGAGGGGCUGGGGUGGAGACCCUGUCCUUGGGAUGGUGCUGCUUCAUUCAUGUGGCCCUGCUUCCCUCCCAGAACUGGGGCAGAGAACCUCGGAGUUGAGUCCCAGCCCCCAACCCACUAGGCCCCACUCCUCUCCCAGAGCCAUAGAUAGAACCUGGGACUCUUGACUUCCUCCCAGCUGACUCAACCUCAUUCCCCUCCCAGAGCUGGGGAUAGAAUCAUAAAAAUGUAGAACUGGAAGGGACUUUGGUAGCUCAUCCAGUCCCAUGCACUGAGGCACUUCAAGUAUUAUCUAGACCGUUCCAGACAGGUGUGUGUCCAGCUUAUUCUUAAAACUCUCCAAUGACCGAGAUUCCACACGCUCCCUUGGCAACCUGUUCCAGUGCUUAACUACCCUGACAGGAUGCUUUUCCUAAUAUCUAACCUCAGUCUCCCUUGCUGCAAUGUAAGCCCAUUAAUCUUGUCCUGUCCUUAGUGUAUAAGGAGAACAAUUUGUCACCCUUCUCUUUGUAACAACCUCUUACAUACUUGAAGACAGUUGUCAUGGCUCCCUUCAGUCUUCUCUUCUCCAGAAAAACUCAGUUUUUUCAGUUGUUUUCUAGACCUUUAAUCAUUUUUGUUGCUGUCUAUGUAGGUGAAGUCCCUCAUCACCACUAAGGUCUGGUCUCCACUACAGACUAUUAGCGGUAUAACUUCAUCGCUCAGGGGUGUGAAAAAGCCGCACCUGUGAGCCACAGUUACACCAACCUAACCUGCCGUCUGUCUACACAGCGCUAUGGCAGCAGGAGAGCUUCUCCCGUCAACAUAGUUACCACCUUUUGGGGAGGUAGAAUUACUACGCCGAAGGAAGAGCUCUUUCCUGUCAUCUUAGAGUGUCUUCAAGUGCUACACCGGUGCAGCGUUUUAAGUGGACGUUUGCUCUAAGGCUUGUGUUUGGGAUGAUUUUGUUAGUUGUUUAAAAAAAGCCUCAUCCACCUCUUGAUGGUCCCUCGUAGACCCCUACCAUGACCUUCCCCUUAUAUUUUCCUUUUAUCCUUUCUCAGAGACUUUCAGCAGUCUGCCUCCCUUCUCUUUCAAUCUCAGUGUAAGUGUAUUCGUCUUGGAUAGUCAAGGCAACACCUCCUCCCUUUGUCCCCUACCUGUCCUUCCUGAACAAGCUGGACCCAUCUAUACCGCUAUUCCAGUCAUGUCAAUUGUCCCACCAAGUCACGGUGAUGUCAGUGGUGGCCUAAGUGUGAUUAUUCACUAAUAAAUAGUUUUAGUUCUUCCUGUUUAUUCUCCAUACUUCUAGCAUUAGUAUGCAGCCAUCCAGGACCCCAGGAGUCUCGACUCCCAGCCCCCCUGAUCUAACCCACUAGACCCAGAGCUGGGGAGUCCUUGAGCAACAGAAGCUCGCUCCACAUGACUGGGAUCAUGCCUGGCCCUGCACCAGGGUUCCCCGACCCGGCUGGGAUCUCCCGGCUGGAGCGAGGGGAAGAGCCCAGGGUCCCGGAUCUCCAGGGCUCCGAGGAAAGGGAGAUCCCGAGAGGUGCCCGCGCAGUGCCUCAUCCGGGAAAAGGGGACGGUGCUGCAUGCUGACCUGCCUUUGGGGGGUUCAGGAGCUGUGGGCGUGUGAGACUGCUGGGUACCAGAGAGGCUGGACAAAUGGACACACCCAGACGGGGGGCAGCCUGUCUCCUUCUCUCCAGCACCAGGCUCCUCUCUUUGCAGCGCAUGGAGCUGCAUGUUCAGGAGCCCAGUGACACCUGAGGAACAUCCCCUCCUGGCCUGGAGCAGCCAGAGAGCUUCCCAGAAGUCAGUCUGGUCCCAGCCCAAACUCUGUUCCCAACAGGUGCCUGGAUCCUGCUCCCCUGCUGGAUUUUGUGACCGACUGAGUCUCUUGUUGUGUUAGCAAGUUGUACCUGUAGGAAAUAAACUCCCUUCCCCUGUGA